UGGCAGUCGUCGGGCUUCCAGCUGGUGGGAGUUGGCGUUGCGGUACUGGGCGCUGGAACCCUAGUUUAUCCAGUUUGGGAAGUCGGGCUGUGGGGUCGCACCUGUCUGUCUGAUCCCCGCGUUCCCUGGUUUCCUCCCCCGGCGUGGGGCUUCGCGAAGGUCUCCCCGGCCCUUUUGGGCCACGGCGGUAGCGGUGCCUUUUGCGGUUUUCUUGUGAUCACAUCUUAAAGCUUUCAAGAUGGUAUUAGCAGACCUUGGAAGAAAAAUAACAUCAGCAUUGCGCUCAUUGAGCAAUGCCACCAUUAUCAAUGAAGAGGUGUUAAAUGCUAUGCUAAAAGAAGUAUGCACAGCAUUAUUGGAAGCAGAUGUUAAUAUUAAGCUAGUGAAGCAACUAAGAGAAAAUGUAAAGUCUGCUAUUGAUCUUGAAGAGAUGGCAUCUGGUCUUAACAAAAGAAAAAUGAUUCAGCAUGCUGUAUUUAAAGAACUUGUGAAGCUUGUAGACCCUGGAGUUAAAGCAUGGACACCCACUAAAGGAAAACAGAAUGUGAUCAUGUUUGUUGGAUUGCAAGGGAGUGGUAAAACAACUACAUGUUCAAAGUUAGCAUAUUAUUAUCAGAGGAAAGGUUGGAAGACCUGUUUGAUAUGUGCAGACACAUUCAGAGCAGGGGCUUUUGACCAACUAAAACAGAAUGCAACCAAAGCAAGAAUUCCAUUCUAUGGAAGCUAUACAGAAAUGGAUCCUGUUAUCAUUGCCUCUGAAGGAGUGGAGAAAUUCAAAAAUGAAAAUUUUGAAAUUAUUAUUGUUGAUACAAGUGGCCGUCAUAAACAAGAAGACUCUUUGUUUGAAGAAAUGCUUCAAGUUGCUAAUGCUAUACAACCAGAUAACAUUGUUUAUGUGAUGGAUGCCUCCAUUGGACAGGCUUGUGAAGCUCAGGCUAAGGCUUUUAAAGAUAAAGUAGAUGUAGCCUCAGUAAUAGUGACAAAACUUGAUGGCCAUGCAAAAGGAGGUGGUGCUCUCAGUGCAGUUGCUGCCACAAAAAGUCCAAUUAUUUUCAUUGGUACAGGGGAACAUAUAGAUGACUUUGAACCUUUCAAAACACAACCUUUCAUCAGCAAACUUCUUGGUAUGGGUGACAUUGAAGGACUGAUAGAUAAAGUCAAUGAGCUGAAGUUGGAUGACAAUGAAGCACUUAUAGAGAAGUUGAAACAUGGUCAGUUUACGUUGCGAGACAUGUAUGAGCAAUUUCAAAAUAUCAUGAAAAUGGGCCCCUUCAGUCAGAUCUUGGGGAUGAUCCCUGGUUUUGGAACAGAUUUCAUGAGCAAAGGAAAUGAACAAGAGUCUAUGGCAAGGCUAAAGAAAUUAAUGACAAUAAUGGAUAGUAUGAAUGAUCAAGAACUUGACAGUACGGAUGGUGCCAAGGUUUUCAGUAAGCAACCAGGAAGAAUCCAAAGAGUAGCAAGAGGAUCAGGUGUGUCAACAAGAGAUGUCCAAGAACUUCUGACCCAGUAUACCAAAUUUGCACAGAUGGUAAAAAAGAUGGGAGGUAUCAAAGGACUUUUCAAAGGUGGUGACAUGUCUAAGAAUGUGAGCCAGUCACAGAUGGCAAAAUUGAAUCAACAAAUGGCCAAAAUGAUGGAUCCAAGAGUUCUUCAUCAUAUGGUUUGUGACUUUCUUGGAGAGAAGAUUGCAUCUGUUUUGGGCAUCAGCACCCCAAAAUACCAGUAUGCAAUUGAUGAGUAUUACCGGAUGAAGAAGGAGGAAGAAGAAGAAGAAGAAGAAAAUAGGAUGUCAGAAGCAGCAGAAAGACAAUACCAACAAAAUAAGCUGCAGGCUGAUUCCAUUGUUCAGUCCGAUCAACCAGAAACACUGGCAUCCAGUUCAUUUGUGAAUCUCAAUUUUGAAAUGGAGGGAGAUUGUGAAGUAAUUACAGAAAGCAAACAAAAUCCAGUCUCUGUCCCUCUGUAGAAUGAAAUGACUAUCAGACUUCUAAGGUAGUUUUUAUACCAGGAAUUUUCACAUUCUCUAUUCAAUGGGUCUUGGGCCUUAAUACAAUUAUUUAUAUUUUAAAUUAUUAUCAGGAAAGGGAAGAAUGUUUCUUUAUUCUUAAGCUCUAUCUAGCAAAAGCCAGAUAUGAAAUUUGGAUCUUUGUAUUGUGCUUUUACUGUGUCAAAUUAGUGCUUUGGUUUUAAAAUGAUCUUUAAAAAAGGUAAGGACAUUCUAGAGCCUUAACCACCAACUAGGAAGGGUUAAAUUAUCAAGCUUGUCUUUGUGUAAGGAAAAAAAUGGGUAAGUUGCUGAUGAAGGCUAACUGGAGCUGAUAUUUGUGGCCUCAGAUUAAAAUGAGGAUUUUUGCCCUAGAUUUUCUCAUGUUAUGUCUUAUAUUUAUAUAUCUAACCAUUCAUUUCAUACUAAGGAUGGUUUACUGAGCGUAAUAAAAGGAGCACGAUAAAAGCAUUUUGAAUUUUCUUUCCUUGAGACUUUAUUUCAUGGGAAGGUGAUUGUG